AUGGCUCCGCCGCGCGGUGACGUGACUGCCCUGUUCCUGGGGCCCCCGGGCACGGGGAAGUCUGCGUUGAUCGCAGCGCUGUGCGACAAGGAUGUGGAGACGUUGGAACCGCCCGAGGGACGGCCAGAUUCCGGAGUCCCCAGCCUGCGGGCUGCGGGUCCCGGCCUUUUUCUGGGCGAGCUGAGCUGCCCACCCGCAGCGCCGGGGCCCUGGGCGGCGGAGGCCAACGUGCUGGUACUGGUGCUGCCCGGACCCGAGGGGAAUGGGGAGGCCUUGCCCCCGGCGCUGGGGGAGGCAGCGCGGGCCGCCCUGGCCCGAGGGACCCCGCUGCUGGUGGUGCGGACGCUCCGUCCCGGGAAUUCACAGAAUGAAGCCCAAGCCCGGGAUCAGACAGCGACCUUGCUGGACAGCGCCGGGUUAGGACCCGCGGCCCUCUUCGUGCUACCAGCGGACUGCAGCAGCAGCGAGGGCGGCGAGGAGCUAGAGCGCCUGCGGGCGGCUCUGCAGAGCCGGGCGGAGAAGCUGCAGAGGCUUCUGCCAGCGGCCCAGGAUGGCUUCGAGGUGCUGGGCGCAGCGGAGCUGGAGGCUGUGCGGGAAGCCUUCGAGAGAGGUGGCCUGGAGGCGGCGCUGUCGUGGGUGCGAGCCGGCUUGGAACGCCUAGGCAGCGCCCGUCUGGACUUGGCUGUGGCGGGCUCAGCCGACGUGGGCCUUGUGCUGGACUUGCUGCUCGGGUUGGAUCCUGGCGACCCAGGUGCCGCGCCUGCUUCGGUGCCCGUGGAGCCCACGCCCUACCCGGCCCCUGAGCGUCCCAAUGUGGUGCUCUGGACCGUGCCUCUGGGCCCCACAGGCACUGCCGCCACCCGUCAUCCGACCCCCUACGAUGCUGUCAUCCUCGUCACGUCUGGGGCUCCCACUGAGAAGGACUGGGCCCAGGUCCGGGCCUUGGCACGCAGUGAGGGAAGGGAGAACCAGGGCAUUGGAUCCCAGAGAACAGGCCGUGGGGAAGGUUCAGAGAAAGCAGGCAGCGACAGUUUGCAGCACCUUGGCACUGGUGCGAAGAAAUCGGGCAGCGGAGAUUCAGAGCGGGCGGUCCCGUUGAACCCCGAGGACGAGACAUGGGAGGUGCUGGAGGAGGCGCCGCCGCCGGUGUUUCCCCUGCGGCCGGCCGGACUUCCCGGGCUCUGCGAGUGGCUGCGCCGCGCCCUCCCUCCGGCCCAGGCGGGGGCGCUGCUGCUGGCGCUGCCACCCUCUUCUGCCGGUGCGGCCCGAACCAAGGCUGCAGCGCUGCGGGCCGGGGCGUGGCGGCCGGCUCUACUGGCUAGCCUGGCAGCGGCGGCGGCUCCGGUACCGGGACUCGGCUGGGCGUGUGAUGUGGCGCUUCUACGGGGCCAGCUGGCGGAGUGGCGGCGGGCCCUGGGUCUCGAACCGGCGGCUCUGGCACGACGCGAGCGUGCGCUGGGCCUAACUCCUGGGGAGCUGGCAGCGCGGGCGCACUUUCCGGGCCCAGUGACGCGCGCGGAGGUGGAGGCGAGACUGGGCGCGUGGGCGGGAGAGGGCACGGCCGGAGGCGCAGCGCUGGGCGCGCUCUCCUUCCUGUGGCCAGCGGGCGGCGCGGCGGCGACCGGUGGCCUGGGUUACCGUGCGGCACAUGGCGUCCUACUGCAGGCGCUGGACGAGAUGGAGGCGGACGCCCAGGCGGUGCUGGCACUCCACACACCCUCCCAGUAA